GGGGGUUAUGUCGGCAACGGCGCCGCCGCAGAAGCGCUUCUACCGGCAGCGUGCGCACUCCAACCCGCUGGCUGAUCACACCCUGCGCUAUCUCUAGACGAGCACUGGUGGGACAUCUGGCCCUCCAGAUGUUGUUGGAUUACCAUCAGCCCCAGCCAGCAUGCCCAGUGGUUUGAGGUGAUGAGAGUUGCAGUUCAGCAAUAUCUAGAGGUCCUCAAGUUCCCUAUCACUGGUCUAGAUGUGUAGUCAUCGGAGGCAGAGGGUCUUGGAGCAUCUCACUAAAUGAUAAACGUCCUGCCAAGCCUGAAGAGAUGGACUGGUCAAAGCUCUACCCAGCAUUUUUUGCCCCUUUAGCCAAAGACAAUCAACACGAUGAUCUGAAGGAUGUGCAAGAGAGAGCCAAGCCUGAAUCUCAAGUAGAGUUUGCUGAUAUUGGCUGCGGUUAUGGGGGAUUGCUGGUUGCACUGUCUCCCUUGUUCCCCAACACUUUAAUGCUGGGUUUGGAAAUCCGAGUGAAGGUCUCAGAUUAUGUGCGGGACAGGAUCCAGUCCCUGAGAGCCUCUCAUCCUGGGCAGUUCCAGAACAUCGCCUGCAUCCGCAGUAACGCCAUGAAACACCUGCCCAACUUUUUCCGCAAGGGGCAGCUGUGCAAAAUGUUCUUCCUCUUCCCCGAUCCUCAUUUCAAGAAGACGAAGCACAAGUGGCGGAUUAUUAGCACCACUUUGCUGGCAGAAUAUGCCUAUGUACUGCGUGAGCAGGGCCUGGUUUACACCAUCACAGAUGUGGAAGAGGUGCACAAGUGGAUGGUAAAGCAUUUCCAAGAACAUCCACUUUUUGAGCAAGUGCCAUUGAAAGAACUGGCCAGUGACCCUGUUGUUGAUCUCCUGGGGACUUCAACUGAGGAAGGGAAGAAAGUUCAGAGAAAUGGAGGCAAGACCUUCCCAGCUGUCUUCCGGCGUGUCAUGGACACUGGACAGGAACAGGAAGUGUCAGGAUCAUGACUGGGGGAUUUCCUGAGGCCUGAGAAGAUUCACGUUGUCCAUGUCUGUGCUGAACGAGAGGGUUUGGGGGCGUGGAUUGCAUCAAGAAUGGGAUGGACUCACCGCUUCUGGUCACACUAGAGUCAACCUUCUAUUAAUACAACCGGGGAAUCCCCUUCUGGAGAAACACACUGUUGAACUAUUGAGUAAAGGAUUGCUUGGUUUGUUUGUUCCUGACUUUGCCCAUAGAAUGAUCAGGGUGGAUUGUUUUGGCCUUACUGAUGAGCAUGUCAGAGACAACCAGCAGGACCAAUGAUUGUAGGAGGCGUCUCCAAAGCUAAAGUACCAUUUAUCACUCUAUUUUAGUGAAUGAAUAAUAAACUGAAAGACUCAACAAA